AUGGUCCAAGUCACAAUCGUUUCAAAAAUCUUAUGUUCUGCCGCUGAUUCUGAUGUCGUUUGGGAACACUUUCUUCCUUGCGAAUACAAUUCCAUCGUUUCCCAAUCUCCUUCUCUUGCCAAUACUCCUUUAAAGAAAUUUUUUAAGAAGUUUUCUGAAGUUGCCAAGCUUUGGUAUGUGUGGUGGCUUGAAAUUAUUGGGACGAUAAACACCCUUUUCUUGUCUCUAAAUACUCAGUAUGGAGCUUUUCUUGUGUUCAAGAUUAAACAUUAUUUCGAUGAAUUUCGUGAUUAUCCUGUGGAGUUAUCAGUAAAGAAUGUAGGUAGUGGCCAAAGCAUUACCAAAGAUGUUUGUUCGUGGGAUCCAUACUUGGACGCUAGGCGGCAGCACUCCAGACAGUGGCGGAGAAGCGAUGGUUGGUUGGAGAUUGAGAUGGGAGAGUUCUUCACUUCAGACCUAGAAGGUGAAGAGUUCCAUAUGAGUGUUACAGAAAUACAAGGUUAUAAGAGCGGUCUCAUUCUUGAAGGAAUAGAAGUUAGACCUAAGAAACAUAAUUAG